AUGUAUUUCUUUUUUCUGGUUAUUUAUGUAUUUCUUUUUUCUGGUUAUUUAUGUACUUCUUUUUCUGGUUAUUUAUGCUUUCUUUUUCUGGUUAUUUGCGUACUUCUUUUUUUUCUGGUUAUUUAUGCAUUUCUUUUUUCUGGUUAUUUGGUUAUUUUUUUUUCUGGUUAUUUCUUUUUUUUUCUGGUUAUUUUAUUUUUUUUUUUCUGGUUAUUUAUGUAUUUCUUUUUCUGGUUAUUUUCUUUUUUUUCUGGUUAUUUAUGUACUUCUUUUUCUGGUUAUUUAUGCAUUUUUUCUUUCCUGGUUAUCUGCGUACUUCUUUUCUGGUUAUUUGCGUACUUCUUUUUUCUGGUUAUUUGCGUACUUCUUUUUUCUGGUUAUUUGCGUACUUCUUUUUUCUGGUUAUUUGCGUACUUCUUUUUUCUGGUUAUUUGCGUACUUCUUUUUUCUGGUUAUUUGCGUACUUCUUUUUUCUGGUUAUUUGCGUACUUCUUUUUUCUGGUUAUUUGCGUACUUCUUUUUCCUUGGGGGGGAGGUUAUUUGCGUACUUCUUUUUUGUUUUUCAUCUACAUUUUUGUAUUUUGUGUGUUUCUGUUUUUCUAA